CCAUCAAUAUUAUUAUACAAUUCAAAGACGCCAGCCAGCCAAACAUAUUUUGAAUUCCCAAACUUUUCUUCUUACUCAAAUCAAUCAGAAUGCGCGUUCUUUUGCUGCUCAAUAUAUACCCCACAGCUUCGGCGAGACGUUUGUUGCCCAUUUGACCAUCUCGCCGAUCAAGCAGCCUCCCCCUUCCAGAAGAAGAGCUAAACCAAACCGCGUGCGUAGCUUUUCAAUCUACUCUACUAUGCCUCGCAGGCCGGCGCCGGCUCUCGGGUUACUUCUGUUUUGUCUGCUUCUUCUCUCUCCCGCCUUUGCCAUCCGAUCAUUUCCCGGCAAAGUGACUGAUCGGAGCAGUGAUUUUCAGUUCACGGAGGCGCCGGCGUACGAGAACGGAGCCAAAUGUGCCUUUUCUGGGACAAGCAGUUCGCUCCCGGCCUGCGAUUCCAACCUCGUUCAUAUCGCCAUGACCCUUGAUGGCGAGUACUUGAGAGGCACGAUGGCCGCCGUCCACUCCGUUCUGAAGCACACCUCCUGUCCGGAAAACGUUUUCUUCCACUUCGUUGCUUCCUAUUCCGACGGCCAAACGCCGGCCAAGUUGGCUCACGUCGUCAAGUCCGCAUUCCCAUCCUUGGCCUUCAAGGUUUACGCCUUCAAUGAAAGGUCCGUAUCCAAUUUGAUCUCGUCUUCCAUCAGACAAGCGCUCGACAACCCAUUGAACUACGCGAGAUCCUACUUCGCCGACAUUCUGGAGCCCUGCGUCCGCCGAGUGAUUUACCUGGACUCGGACGUCGUCGUCGUCGACGACAUUCAGAAGCUAUGGUCCAUUUCAUUAACCGGGUCGAGCGUGAUAGGUGCUCCAGAGUAUUGCCACGCCAACUUCACCAAGUACUUCACGGAUGAGUUCUGGUUUGAUCCGGAGCUGCCCAAGGUGUUCGAAGGGAAGAAGCCGUGUUACUUCAACACGGGCGUGAUGGUGAUGGAUUUGUGGAGAUGGAGGAACGGGAACUACAGGCAGAAGUUGGAGAAGUGGAUGGAGAUACAGAGAGGGAGGAGGAUAUAUGAGUUGGGUUCAUUGCCUCCAUUUUUGCUAGUUUUUGGUGGAGGUGUUGAGCCGAUUGAUCAUAGGUGGAACCAGCAUGGGCUUGGGGGACACAAUGUGGUGAACAGCUGUAGGUCUUUGCAUCCGGGUCCGGUAAGCCUGUUGCACUGGAGCGGGAAGGGGAAGCCAUGGGCGAGGCUAGAUGCAGGCUCGCCAUGCCCAGUUGAUCACCUAUGGGCACCUUAUGAUCUCCAUGGAUUACAUCGCCAUACCCAACUCCAGGAACAGGAGUGACGCUUAGGAAGUUCUAGAUCAAGAGAAUUUUGGAUGAAGUGGGAUUAAGGCUUGGGAUUGUGGUUGUACAUGCAGGACGAAGGAACAUCCCAUUUCUAUUUAUGCACGGGCGAAAUGAUAAAGAGUUUUUUGGUGGCUUGAGAUUCAACCAUACUAUCUUCAAGAGAAAAUCAGAAAAAAGCAAGAGCAGUGACAAUAAGGAAACACAGGCGACAAGAACUAACCAGAA